GUCGUUUCCUUCGUGUGACCGACCUCACGUCCUUAACGACCAGCGUAGCCGUCGAGCGAGGACGACAGUCUACGGCAGACAUUUGUGGGUGAAUUAAAAGCUGAAAUCAUGGUUUUCGAGAUGAAGAUGCUCACAUACGGCGACCCUGAAGACGAGGAAGAAGAUGCUCCUGCUGAGGAGGAAGAGGAGGAGGAAGAGGAGGAAGAAGAAGACAUGGUGGAUCCUUUAGAAACAAUAAGAACCAAGUGUGAGCAGACUGAACACUGUGUGCACACAAAGGAGCGCCUGGAGACCUGCGAGGCCAGAGUCAGCUCCAGGUCCAGCACUGUCGAGGACUGCACAGAAGAACUCUUUGACUUCUUGCAUGCAAGGGACCAUUGUGUAGCACACAAGCUUUUCCACAACGUGAAAUGACCAGCUCUCCCAGUUCCCAUCUUCUUCAGCUGUAGAAUCUCUAACUGCUAAACUGUAAAAUUAUCUGAGCGAUUCUGUUGUUGUCCUCCUGUGUAUUGAUGUAAAUUAUUUCCCUGGUUUCUUGGACUAAAAACUCGAUAAUUUCACUAUUUCUGUGUGUAGUCAGAGGCAGUAUGUUAAAUAUGCUGCUUGUUAAGAUAAUGGGUGCAUCCAAGUUGUUGAAGGUUGAUUAAGGAAAGGAAACUUCAUUAGGCAACUCCUCACUGUAGUCCAUUCAAUGCAAACACAAUUAUGCUGCUCUGUUAUCAGAAUCUCUCAGGUUAAAUCAUGGAGUCACAAUACUCACCAGAAAAUAAAGGGUUUCUCUUGGUUUACAA